UAUGGAACAUUUUAUGUAUAUUUAUUAAAGUAUUAAUAUGGUAUAACAGAGUGGGACCAGUUUGGAAUCCAGCGCCGUCGUUGGAUUAUUUAGUUUUCCCCUUCUUUGGGGAAGACUCGAUAAAAUUGAUAAAAAUCAUACACACUAGUCCAUUUUUAAUGGAUAAUUUAAAUUAAAUUGUUUUUUACAAUUUCUUCACCUAUGGCACCUUAAUUCCCUUGUAUUACAUUGUUCUAAUUCCCCAUAGAUAAUGGCUUACACAUUUACCUUUUGCCUUCCUAGCUUAUCACACAUGGCUAAGUUUAUCUACUUGACAGUUAUAAUAUUUGCUAAAUUGCUCUUCUGCAAGUGUGAGAAUAUCGUGUUAAAUAUCUCCGGAGCUGCUGGAGCCUUGGAUUUGAAUAAAGUAAAUUCUAAUACUUACUUCAUCGACGGUCUUCCAUGUAGAAAGCUUACUCCUAAACCGAAUAAAAGGGUUGUAAAGGUUAUGGAUGGCAAGUUGCAGGUGUGGGAAGGCAAUAACUCUGAGUGUACUGACGUCAUAGUGUACCCUGAAACCGGUAGGCCGAAACUGGCCCACCUGUUCAUUACCAAAAAAGCCUCUACCAUCCAUGAGUAUUACACUAGAGAAGGUGAGAACUGGACUAAGAUAAGUGAAGUCAAGUAUCGUACAAGGCUGAACGAAUUCUCGCCUACGAAUUCCAAAUCAGGUUCCCCAACGGCCAAAAAGAAAGAUUCAGCACACUUACCAAGCCUUUUUAUCGUAUUCUUACAAGCUUUCCUGUACAUUAUUUUCUAAAGACCACAAUUUAUAAUUUUGGAUGAUUUAUCCCUUUAACGGAAUUCUCAGUAAUAUAGGAAUUAACGGUGUAAUAUAGGAAUUAUUUGAUGUUUUGAUUUAACAUUUAAUCUUUUCACAUUC